UCUCUCGCAUGAUGAAUAGACAACAAGCACCACCACCUCGCGCACAUUUUUUUGAGCCUUCGUUCUCGGUUGUUCUAAGCAACCUCAAAUCUAAUGCAACCACGCAAGUCAUCCUGGAAAGAUGCGCUAUGUAUCUGGAUCCUGACACAUUGGGCCAUGAUCUUAGUUCAUGUGACAUGAUGUUCAUCCCGGUUUGCGAGAAUAAUCACUGGCACGUGCAUGUUGUUAAUUUUGCAGCUGGAAGAGUUGAGAUACUUUCGUCAUUGCCCCUAAGGCGGGGCAACAACAUCAGUGCUGCAACACGACGAUUAUCAAUGGCACUCCACAAAGCACUGCAUGCAUAUAGAAUCCAUAUGGAUGUGGAUGUCUCAAGUUUUGUGCAUGUCCAACCACACCUUCUCCAACAGCUGAAUGGGUUCGACUGUGGUAUCCUUGCACUAAAGUUCAUGGAAUUUUGGAAUGGGGCGACCUUAACUACUUCAGUGGCAGUGGACAAGACGAACAUGUACAGACUCCAGCUAGUGCUGCAACUAGUGCUCAAUGAACGCAACAGUGUCAGAGAUACAAUUAUGGCCGCAUGUCAUUUGUGACUUCAUAGUUCAUGAUAAGUUUCUUCCUAUCUGCUGCUACGUACCAAAAUGACCAAGGGUUGAUUGUAGUUUGUCCAAAAAUUUAUUAAUUCAUAUCAUGUUGUGUGCUGAUGUGAUUUGUUCCACUUGUAACAGUGGCAGUUGGGUUAUGCUGAAUAUGAGGACUUUAUGUACAAGAAUGACCAACGUGUAAGGGAAAAGAAGAGUACCUGCUAAUGCUACUGCUGGAGCAUAUGGGAUGCAGUAACCGCAAUGUAAUAGGGCUGUUCAUUUUUCCUUCAAUAUUGUAAAGGAAGGGAGUAGGAACAUGGACAACACUCAGUAUUUGUUCUUUUAUUAUAGUUAAUGGUGUUGGUCAGUGUUGUAUUGGCGACUGAUUGGACAACAACUGUGAUUGUAAGAUGUGAUCCAAAGUGAUAGGUUUAU